GCGCGCGGCGCGGCGGGCGGAGGCUCUGGGCGCGCACCGCCUCUUGGCUCCCGGCCUCCCCCGCGCGCGCUCGCCGAGUGGUUCCGCCCGACCCCCCGGCUCAUUGUGCCUUCUCCUCACGCCGGCCCAAGAUGGCGGCGGCUCUAGACGCCCCGGCUCUGUGACUCCUACAAAGAGGGGAGCUGGGGCCACACGGGAGCGGCGGCCGAGGCACAGGCCGGGCCGUCUGUCCUCAGCCGUCCGCCCCGCGUCCGCCCGUGUCCGCCCGCCCGGCUUCCCGCCGGUGGCCCCGCCCCUCCCCCAACCGCCCGCCUAGCAUGGUGCGGCGGCCGCGCGCGCCGACAUGGGCGAGAAGCUGGAGCUGAGGCUCAAGUCGCCUGUGGGCGCCGAGCCCGCCGUCUACCCGUGGCCGCUGCCGGUCUACGACAAGCACCAUGAUGCUGCUCAUGAGAUUAUUGAGACUAUCCGGUGGGUCUGCGAGGAAAUCCCAGAUCUCAAGCUGGCCAUGGAGAACUAUGUCCUGAUCGACUACGACACCAAAAGUUUUGAAAGCAUGCAGCGGCUGUGUGACAAAUACAACCGGGCCAUCGACAGCAUCCACCAGCUGUGGAAGGGCACUACACAGCCCAUGAAGCUGAAUACUCGGCCGUCCAAUGGACUUCUGCGGCACAUCCUGCAGCAGGUAUAUAACCACUCUGUCACUGACCCGGAGAAGCUUAACAACUACGAGCCCUUCUCCCCUGAGGUGUAUGGGGAGACCUCCUUUGACCUGGUGGCCCAGAUGAUUGAUGAGAUCAAGAUGACAGAGGAUGACCUGUUUGUCGACCUGGGCAGUGGUGUGGGGCAGGUUGUCCUUCAGGUUGCUGCGGCCACCAACUGCAAACAUCACUACGGAGUGGAGAAAGCGGACAUCCCAGCCAAGUACGCAGAGACCAUGGACCGAGAGUUCAGGAAGUGGAUGAAAUGGUAUGGAAAAAAGCAUGCAGAAUACACACUGGAACGAGGUGACUUCCUCUCAGAGGAAUGGAGGGAACGGAUCGCCAACACGAGUGUUAUAUUUGUGAAUAACUUUGCCUUUGGUCCUGAGGUGGAUCACCAGCUGAAGGAGCGAUUCGCAAACAUGAAGGAAGGCGGCAGAAUCGUAUCCUCAAAGCCCUUUGCCCCUCUGAACUUCAGGAUCAACAGCAGGAACUUGAGUGACAUUGGCACCAUCAUGCGUGUGGUGGAGCUGUCGCCCCUGAAGGGCUCUGUGUCGUGGACUGGCAAGCCUGUCUCCUACUAUCUGCACACCAUUGACCGCACCAUACUUGAAAACUAUUUUUCUAGUCUGAAAAAUCCAAAACUCAGGGAGGAGCAGGAGGCAGCUAGGCGAAGACAGCAGCGAGAGAACAAGAGCAAUGCGACCACGCCCACCAAAGUCCCUGAGAGCAAAGCAGCUGCCACUGAGGCCCCCGCGGAUUCUGGUGCUGAGGAAGAAAAAUCAGGUGUGGCUACUGUCAAAAAGCCAUCUCCCUCCAAAGCCCGGAAGAAGAAACUGAACAAGAAAGGGAGAAAGAUGGCUGGCCGGAAACGUGGGCGGCCCAAGAAAAUGAGUGCUGCCAGUGCCGAACGCAAGUCUAAGAAGAGCCAAAGCACACUGGAUCUCCUGCACUCUCCGCCCCCAGCCCCACCCUCAGCCUCACCCCAGGAUGCGUACAGGGCACCUCACAGCCCAUUCUACCAGCUACCUCCAAGCACGCAGCUGCACUCACCCAACCCACUGCUAGUGGCACCCACCCCACCUGCGCUGCAGAAGCUUUUAGAGUCCUUCAGAAUCCAGUACCUGCAGUUCCUGGCUUAUACAAAGACCCCGCAGUACAAGGCUAACCUACAGCAGCUUCUGGACCAGGAGAAGGAGAAGAACACACAGCUCCUGGGCACAGCCCAGCAGCUCUUCGGCCAUUGCCAGGCCCAAAAGGAAGAAAUCCGCAGGCUGUUCCAGCAGAAGCUGGAUGAGUUGGGCGUGAAGGCGCUGACCUACAAUGACCUGAUUCAGGCCCAGAAGGAAAUCUCUGCCCACAACCAGCAGCUGCGGGAACAGUCGGAACAGCUGGAGAAGGACAACAGCGAGCUUCGGAGCCAGAGCCUGCGGCUGCUCAGGGCCCGGUGUGAGGAGCUGAGGCUUGACUGGUCCACACUGUCCUUGGAGAACCUGCGGAAAGAGAAGCAGGCCCUGAGGAGCCAGAUCUCAGAGAAGCAGCGGCACUGCCUGGAGCUGCAGAUCAGCAUCGUGGAGCUCGAGAAGACCCAGCGCCAGCAGGAGCUCCUGCAGUUAAAGUCCUGUGUACCACCAGAUGAUGCUUUGUCUUUGCAUCUGCGUGGCAAGGGUGCCCUGGGCCGAGAGCUGGAGGCUGAUGCUGGGCGCUUACGCCUUGAGCUGGACUGUGCCAAGAUCUCCCUGCCACACCUCAGCAGCAUGAGCCCUGAGCUGUCCAUGAACGGCCAUGCUGCCAGCUAUGAGCUCUGCAAUGCAGCUAGUCGGCCAUCAUCCAAGCAGAACACACCCCAGUACCUGGCCUCUCCCUUGGACCAGGAGGUCGUACCUUGUACCCCUAGCCACAGUGGCCGGCCUCGGCUAGAAAAGCUGUCUGGCCUGGCUUUGCCUGAUUACACCCGGUUGUCACCUGCCAAGAUUGUGUUGAGGCGGCACCUGAGCCAGGACCACACUGGGGCUAGCAAAGCAGCUACCAGUGAGCCACACCCUCGGCCAGAGCACCCCAAGGAGAGCAGCCUUCCCUACCAGAGCCCUGGCUUGUCCAACAGCAUGAAGCUCAGCCCCCAGGAUCCACCACUGGCCUCCCCGGCAACCUCGCCCCUCACCUCCGAGAAAGGUAGUGAGAAGGGUGUGAAGGAGCGUGCCUACAGCAGCCACGGGGAGACCAUCACCAGCCUACCUGUUAGCAUUCCACUCAGCACAGUGCAGCCCAACAAGCUGCCGGUCAGCAUCCCACUGGCCAGCGUGGUGCUGCCCAGCCGUGCUGAGAGGGCGAGGAGCACUCCCAGCCCUGUGCCACAGCCCCGGGACUCUUCAGCCACACUUGAGAAGCAGACUGGUGCUUCUGCCCAUGGUGCAGGGGGUGCUGGAGCAGGAAGCAGGAGCCUCGCUGUGGCGCCCACAGGUUUCUAUGCUGGUUCGGUGGCCAUCAGUGGGGCCCUGGCCAGCAGCCCAGCACCUCUGGCCUCUGGAAUGGAAUCUGCUGUUUUUGAUGAAUCCUCUGGCCCCAGCAGCCUCUUUGCCACCAUGGGGUCUCGCAGCACACCACCACAACACCCACCUCUCCUGUCGCAGUCCCGCAACUCGGGUCCUGCCUCUCCUGCCCACCAACUCACAGCCAGUCCCCGCCUGAGUGUGACCACUCAGGGCUCGCUGCCAGACACCAGCAAAGGGGAACUGCCUUCUGAUCCUGCCUUCUCAGACCCAGAGAGCGAAGCAAAAAGGAGGAUUGUGUUCAGCAUUUCAGUUGGUGCCAGCUCCAAGCAGUCACCUUCCACCAGGCAUAGCCCCUUGACUUCUGGCACCCGAGGGGACUGUGUGCAGAGCCACGGACAGGACAGUCGUAAGCGCAGCAGAAGGAAGCGUGCAUCAGCUGGAACACCUAGCCUCAGCACGGGUGUGUCCCCCAAGCGCCGGGCUCUGCCAACUGUUGCUGGCCUCUUUACACAGUCCUCGGGGUCUCCUCUUAAUCUCAACUCCAUGGUCAGCAACAUCAACCAGCCACUGGAGAUCACAGCCAUCUCAUCCCCUGAGAGCUCCCUGAAGAGCUCCCCCACCCCAUACCAGGACCAUGACCAGCCUCCGGUGCUCAGGAAGGAACGGCCUCUAGGACUAACUAAUGGGGCCCACUACUCGCCACUGACCUCAGAUGAGGAGCCAGGCUCUGAGGAUGAGCCCAGCAGUGCCCGAAUUGAGAGAAAAAUUGCAACAAUCUCUUUAGAAAGCAAAUCUCCCCCGAAGACACUGGAAAAUGGUGGUGGCUUGGUGGGAAGGAAGUCAGCCCCUUCGAGCGAGCCUAUCAACAGCAGCAAAUGGAAGUCUACCUUCUCUCCUAUCUCUGACCUCGGCUUGGCCAAGGCUGUGGACAGUCCGCUACAGGCUGGCUCUGCCCUGAGCCACAGCCCCCUGUUCUCUUUCCGGCCGUCCCUGGAGGAGCCUGCUGCUGAGGCCAAGCUCCCCACUCACCCAAGGAAAAGCUUUGCGGGCUCUCUGGGUGCAGCCGAGGGGCCAAGCCCUGGCACCAACCCUCCCAACGGCCUGGCCUUCAGUGGGGGCCUUGCUGCAGACCUCGGUUUACACAGCUUCAAUGAUGGUGCUUCCCUCUCCCACAAGGGCCCGGAUGUGACUGGCCUGAGUGCCUCCCUGAGCUUCCCAUCCCAGAGGGGCAAGGACAGUACCACAGAGGCCAACCCUUUCCUCAGCAGGCGGCAGCCCGAGGGCCUGGGUGGCUUGAAGGGUGAGGGCAACGCAAACAAGGAGUCAGGAGAGAGCCUGCCCCUGUGCGGGCCCUCGGACAAGGCCUCACUGCCACAUGGCAGCAGGGCCAGCAAAGGUCGUGACCGUGAGCUGGACUUCAAGGGCGGCCACAACCUCUUCAUCUCUGCUGCAGCCGUGCCUCCAGGUGGCCUCCUUGGUGGCCCUGGUCUUGUAACUGUGGCUUCUUCUGCGGGCAGUGCAACACCCACUGCCCAGGCUCCCCGGCCUUUCCUGAGCACCUUUGCCCCCGGGCCCCAGUUUACUCUGGGCCCCAUGUCCCUGCAGGCCAACCUGGGCUCUGUGGCCGGCUCCUCUGUGCUGCAGUCCUUGUUCAGCACUGUGCCAGCUGCUGCAGGCCUGGUGCAUGUGUCGUCCACUGCGACCCGAUUGACCAACUCACACACCAUGGGCAGCUUCUCUUCUGGGGUGGCCGGCGGAACCGUUGGAGAAGACCACGGUGCACUUAACUAGGGCAGUACUUUCUUCGGGGGCCUCCCCUGUUUGAGGUGACCACCCACGUGCCUCAUGGCUGGAAGUGGGCCUGGUGAGAAAUGAGUCCAGGAGGGCCUGCUCGGACUGCUCAGACGCAGGGCGGAGCGGAGCCUGGGCCACAGGCCAGGCGUGGUGCGGUGCUGGCUGGGCAGGGGCGGGCAGGUGGGCCCGAGGGGCAGGGCCUCGGCCUGGCAGGUAAGUGUCCCACACUGAGCCUACUGCUUGCUGCUUGUGCCUGCGCUUGGACCGGAGUCACGCUGUCCUCUGCUUCUUCCUGCUGGCGGCUGUACUCCUCUUGCUUCGCCUGCCUGGACGGUGCCGCCUGUUGAAGCUGCUUUUUCUCUCCUGUUUACAGGUGUCUUUACCCACGCGGUGCCCUCCGCCUCUGCUCACCCGUUUGGAGCUGGUGUCGGCAGCGGGGCUGUGUGUAGCAGUGCCACGCUGGGCCUGAGCCCGCUGCAGGCGGCGGCCAGCACCUCGGCUUCUUCCUUUCAGGCCGCGGCUUCGGUCGAGACUCGGCCGCCCCCUCCACCUCCCCUACUUCCUCCUCAGCAUCUAGGCCGGCCCCCUGCGGGGCCACCUGUCCUCCAUGCACCCCCUCCUCCUAACGUCGCCUUGCCUCCUCCACCUGCGCUGCUGGCUUCUAACCCUGAGCCAGUGCUUCUGCAGAGCCUGGCCUCCCUCCCAGCUAACAACGCUUUCUUACCCCCCUCCUCUGCCGCCUCUCUGCAGCCUGCUAAUGCCUCUCUGUCUGUCAAGCUCGCCUCCCUCCCACACAAGGUCUCCCGCCCCUCCUUCACGGUGCACCACCAGCCCCUGCCCCGGCUGGCCCUGGCGCAGGCCGCGCCCGCCGCCCCACAGGCCAGCACCUCGGGGCCAUCUGCUGUGUGGGUUUCCCUUGGCAUGCCGCCUCCUUAUGCCGCGCACCUUUCGGGGGUUAAGCCUCGAUAAAGACCUUGCUUAGCUAGCAGUUCAUGUUCUGUAAGGUAAGGCUAGAGCCAAACCGUACUUCCUCUUGCCCAGAAGACGGCUGGCAGGGCUCGGCAGAUGCCUGGGGUCCUGAGUGGUAGAGAUGGGAGGCUAAGGGAGGCAGGCAGGGCCACCAUUGUGCAAGAGUACCAGAUCCUCAGCAGCCGCUGAGAGGUCAGUGGAAGUGAUGAGAUUCAAGUGUGGUAGACCAGAGCUCAAGGUAGCCUCCACCCACCGUGAGGGUCCUGGCCCAUAGCAGUUCCUAAUGAUGAGGUUGCAUUCUCAGCCUCCACCCUGGAGUCGUGUGUGGAGGAAAUCGGGGUAGUCAGGUGGGUGAGGUUCUAGGCUGGCCAUAGGCAGAAAGCUGCCUGGGGUAGCAUGGUAUCCUGGAGCAGAGAGUUGGGCCCACCUACCUCUCCCAGAACAGAGGUUGUGAAACCCUGCCUGGCUGUCAGCCCUGUAAGUGAAGAAGAGCCAGGUGGCAGCCCUCUGGCCUUCUCCAUUGGGUCUGGCUAUGUGGUGGCAGUAGCCUGGGCAGCGAGGGCAGCCUGGCCAUUGCCAUCUGGAGGUCCUAGAGCUAGCACCUCUCCAGCUGACCUACUCUGGAUGUUCAGCAAGGCAGACCUGGAGGGGGCUGGGCCCACUGGCACCUGCCAGGAAUGCCCCCCCCCAUACCCUUGUGCCCUGCUGGGCAGCUCAGCUGAGACAGGCAUAUUGAAUGCACCUAACCUGUGCUCCUCUUCCCUGCAGGUAAUUAGGACUUCUACUACCUCAGCCACGACCUAUGCAAGGACGGUGUGGACCAAGACUGCUGCCUGCCAGGCCGGCGGAGCCGGACAUGGAGCCACUGUGAAUCGGCGGCACCGCAGGAGGUGCUGGACUGGUCCAGUUUGUACUGUCAAUAGUUUUAGAUAAAGUAUUUAUCUUUUUUUUUUUUUAAAGUAUAAGCAAUUCUGACUUACUUUAUUCCAUCAAAGUCGUCCAAGGCAACCUCUUGAGACGUCUAAGUGUCUGUGAGAGAGAAUAAUAUAAAGACUUGGCCUGCUGGGCUGGCCACAAGGACUCCUGACUCCGUCCCGGUGCUAUCUCACCAGCAAGCCCAUGCCUGCCCAUCUCCACCUCUGUCCUGGGUGCUGCCCCAAACAUGGACUGUGGCCAAACAGUUCUCAGAUGCGCCCCCAACAUCUUGCUCUGACACCAAAGGCAUGCCUGGCAUGCCCAAUGGGGGCUGACCUUUGUUCCCCCUCCUUGGAACUUGCCUGCUGUCACUGUGAACACCCCACUGUUAACCCUGUGGCUUUGGGCGUGCCUUUGCAGUGGGUGCAGACUGGGCUGGGGCAGGAAUGGGGGUUCCCAGCUGGGCUGAGUGGUGCUGACAGGUGAGGGCCACUACUGCAGGGCUUGGUGGCUCCUGUGACAAGUGCAUUUACUUUGUAUUUCUUUGCUUUUCUGGCUCGGGGCAUGCUGGUCAGGUGACAUGGGGCUGGCCCAAUGUGGGUCCCCUGGCAUCUGUGUAUAAGAGAGUCACAUGAUCAGUGACAGUAUUUUAUAGAGAUUUGAUGGAGAUUUAUAAAUUUCAUAGACUUGACUGCAUUUAUUUUUAGAUUGUAUAAUGCACAGUGAACUUUAAAGAAAAGGAAAGAAAAGUGAGGAGGAAAAAUACUUUUAUUUAUUCAAAUGCACAAAAACGAAAAAAAAAAAAAUGGCACUGGCCAGGGACCCUGCAGGAGUGUGGCCCAGAUGUGCUGGGCUGCCCAGGGCCUCUGGUCACUAUGGGCAUCGCCUGCCUAUGUCUAGGAGUUGCUUCCUGGUCCUGGGGAUAGGUGCACUGGGAGUGACCACAGAGGUCAGGGCUGACUUGAUUUUUCUGAGAUGGUCCUGACUGCCCUCAAUGUUGCUCACUUCCAGUCGUGGGUUGGUGGGCUGAGGGGAGAGGCCAUGUUGCCCCACCCCCACCCCCACCUACUUCCCAAAGUAGUUGUGAAGACGGUGCUGGUGUCUCCCACUCCCUUCCCACCCCGCGAUGGUGCUCAUGUUCGGCAGGCCUGUUCCUGUGCACCACAGCUAACUAAGGUGCUGCAGAGCAGGAUAGCCGAAACAAAAGCUAGCAAAUCCCAGGCCUGGAACAAAACCCCGAGUGAACACUGUACACACCGCCCGCACGCCAUCCUGGCAGCUGCUGCUCCAGCAGCCAUUGCCUCCACCUUACUUGAGUGUUAGGGGACAGACACAGCAUGUUCAUGGCCCAGUGGGCCACAGGUGCUCUGGGUACAACUGCAAGUCCUUUCCUGAGCCCAUAAGAAACAGGAACCCACAGUAAACUGACCAUGGUGCAUAGUGGCCCCAGGUACCCUGUGACUGAUGGGCCUAGUACAGGGUAAGGCUGCCUCAGUCAUCCUUGCCACUCCAAUCCAAGGUUGCUGCAGGGCUUUGAGCUCAGGAACUGAUAGAAAGCCCUACAGACUGGGACCACCACUCCCACACUAGCCCAGACGGGACACACCUCCCAGUUCCCACCCUCAACCUACACAGCUUUUUUGACAGCCUGGCCUGUUUGUUUGUAACUUGAUGCAGCAUCGCUCUGUCUUGUGAUGACCUCUGUACUUAAAGGGUGCAUUGUUCUCUUCCCUUGGUUCCCCCAAGGCAUCUCACACAUUGUUGCUGCCUUUAGACACAGUAUAAUAAAUAAAGCCGUUUUCACUUGA